GGACGCACGCCUGCGGACAUCGCGGAGGGGACGGGCAUGGGGCACCUCACCCGGUUCUGCUUGUACGGCGAGGAGGAGGAGGUUGUUGAGGUAAUGGAGGGCGGGGAGGAAGAGGGCGCGAGGCGGCUGGGUGCUGCGGCGGCGGGUGUGGGGGCUGCUGCAGAGGAAGCACUCGCCAGCGGUCGAAGCGCUUGCACCACUGCGGGAAUUAAGAAGUGCAGCGACAGGGAGGGAGGUCUGGGCUGUGAUGGGGCUGCUGUCGGGGCGGCCGGGUGGCGGGGUUGGGUGCGCUGGGCGCUGCUGUCGGGGCCGCUGCUGGUGCUGCUGGCGGCGGUGCUGCUGGGGUGCCGCGGCAAGUAGGAAGGCAGGGUGAGCGACACACCCAUAGCGGAAGGCGCAGCAUUACACAUAUCGGACAGCGACUGAAACUGUGAUUGUGAAUGAGGAGACUGUGGAAUGGCAUGAAGUAACAGCGCUCGUACGUGUAUGUAUGCGUGGUGGAUAGUGAAUACUUAACUAGUCCGUAAGCACUUGCGGAGGGGUUGGACUGUUCCUGGCGUGACAUGAGAUUGCUGAACGUAAGGCGGGGCGGCGGCCUCUUGAUGCGCACUGUUGGACAGCAUAGAACUUGGCCACAUGUGUUUCAGGCAGUUGCAGACGGUAAACUAAAAGCGCGGGGACUGACAGUUCGAGUAUGCUGGACUCAAUGGCAAGGGGUCAUGGAGGGGCCCUGGGGCACCACGCCCCGGCGUACGGCGGCCUGUCUCAACCCUGCGACCCCACGUGACCUUGCGUUUCAUCAAGUGACCUUCUCAAUAAUGACGUAUUACGCAAAGCGAGUGGUCUGGGUAGGUUGCAUUUUUGUGUGUCGCUGGGCGGGGUGGCAGGCGGCUGUGAGUGUGAAGUGAUGUCCGGGUGGCGCGGCGGCCGUAGUGCCAGUUGUCUUUUGUAGGAGCCAUGUUUUCAUGCUUGCAUGACUGUGUGUGUGAUUUCAUUGAUUAUCCGUUCGCUCUCGGCAAUCUGCUCACCCAUUCAUUCCAUCCACAAACCUUGCGGCCGUGCAGCAGCCGUGUCCAUCACCGCAGGUGGCAUGCUGAGUUGAGGGGUCAUCAUGACUCGCACGCUGAACUAGCUUUCCGCAUGCAGGAUGAAGGGGCAUGCUCCGAAGAAGUACAAUAUAGUGCGUACGUUACGUGGCCGUGAUUGGCUCUGCUGCUGUGUCCUCAUGUACAUAUCUCCUGGUGGUUGUCGAUAUGGGCCCCAGGAAGGGUGGGCGCGCAGUACGCGCCGCCGCAUGCUGCAAUGUGCUUUGUCAUGGCCAGACCUUGCCAUGGUUUUUUGUUGUCUUGAACUCGAUUGCUCCGGUUGUAUGUACGAUGGUGGUGGUGGUGGUGUCCUGCGGUAGGUUGGAAGGUGGGUUGGAAUGGAUUAAGACGCGGUGCUGCGGCUACUCUUCUGCGGUGUGCAGCGGGUGCACCUGCUAGUAGUCAGGAGGGGGCACGCGCGCGGAGGUGAAAGAUUACUCGGCGUUGAAACAUGUUCCGACACUGAAUGCCGUACUAGUUUGCCGUACUUACGUCACCCGUCAGCCCACAUGUGGGCCGGGUUGCUGAGUUGGGUUGGGUGAGAUUCCUUUUGAUGCCCAACUAUCUGGUUACUUGUGUGGUUGUCAAGGACUGCCCCGAAAGACGUCAAAGAUGCAAACAUGACAAUGAUCUGGGUUCUACGUGUUCGGAGGUGGGUAGUGUGUCCUGUGCUGGCCUCGGGGCCCCGACGACGCCGUAGCAGGGGACUGGAACACAACCAACACGCCGUGUAUGUCCCCUUUACCGAAGAAAAGAACCUUACUUAGCACAUGUGCCGGGCCCUCCAGAUUAGGGGCGGCCGCGAGCUACGGUUGUGUUUAUUAGGAUGUCUUGGCGCCGGAGUGGAUCAGAUAUGGGGGGUCGUGCAGUUUUGCUAUUACAUUAUGAUUACGUCUUGCGCUGGAAAACAAUCCCCUAGGUCUUAUCCAUUGUCAUAUCACGGCUUUGCCGCACUUGGUGGCCGCAAGGCUGCAUGCAGCAGUGCAGGUGCAGGUGGGGAACGGGGCGGUUGAGGAGUGUAGGGAGCACUGCGUGCGGGACUGCCAGCCGUCGUGAACGCUGCGAGUAUUGUGUUCACGUGCUUGGGCUUGGUGGAGAAGCUGUAGAGCCUGUCGGCGAUUCCUGUCGGUGGUUGGCUUGGGCUUGCAGCAGGGUGGUGGUUGGGCGGCGUGCUUCCUCCAGUAGGCGGGGGGAUGCGCCGGCCGCGCUGGCUGGCCAGCCCGCAGAGGAGCUCGCGGGUGAGAUGCGGAAGGAAGGCGGUGGUGGCUGAACGGUGGGCGUUGUGAAACAUUGCGCUGUGUGGAAGCGUUGCAACCCUGGCUUUCUUGCGCUCCUGUGCCUCUUCAGGCCGAUCGGGAGUAGUCAGCACGACGCAGGAUGCCUGUUUGGGGCUCGAGGGGCGGCGUGCUGCUUUGGUCGGUGUGUGCAUAUCAGUAUACUGUCGAUCUAUCGUUCCUUGGAGCUUGGACCUUUUUAAGCGCCGUGGGACAUUAUAGGCUGUGCUUUUUCUUUUCCACGCCGCCCGCAAGGAUUACGGUAUGUACCGGGAACCGACGCACGGUGCUCCCUGCUUCCUGCUGAGACCUAAUUAAUGCGCUUUCUGCUUUGGCCAUGACCCCCAUGAGGUAUCUAGGGGGAUGCACUGUGCUUAUCAUGCUGAAUACGAUAGUCAGGCUGAAGACGCACCAGUCGGCGGGUGCCCUACGACGCUCACAAGCAAAGACGCAGACUACUCUCAGCUCCAAUAUGCACUUCACUUCAACCCCACCUG